AUGAGACGUCAGCUGACCCAAGAGUACGCGGUGGCCGGCCAGUCAGCUGAGCUGCCCUGUGACGUCACACCCCCGUCCCGGUCGGACCGUCUGCGGCUGGUACUGUGGUACCACGGUACCGGCGGUACGCCCAUCUACACGACCAGGGUCACCUUCCGACUGGGCUCCAAGGGCGCGGCGCUGGUCAUCAGCCAGGUGAAGGCCAGCGAUCAGCAGUUGUACCGGUGUCGAGUCGACUUUCUACAGUCGCCCACCAGAAACUCACGCGUCAAUCUCACCGUCAUCGUACCGCCGGAGCCGCCCACAAUAUACGAGGGCCAGGGACGCAUGCCUGGCGAGGGGAUCAUCGGACCCUACAAAGAGGGCGACACCACUCGUCUACUAUGCGUGGCCUCCACCGGGAGGCCACAACCAAACGUGACCUGGUGGCGCGAUAACGCACUGGUGGACGCUACCUGGGCGACCACGGAGGAGGGCGCCACUGAGAAUCAGCUGACGCUGGGCCCGCUGCGCCGUGCUGACCUGGGGGCGGUGCUGACCUGCUGGUCAGCCAAUCACCCCCUGGCCACGCCCCGCUCCGCCACCGUCACCGUUACCAUGAUAUUGAAGCCGCUGACGGUGUCGUUUCUGGGCGCCAACCUGCCGCUCUCGGCGGGCCGGCGGCACCAGCUGACCUGUGAGACGGUCGGGUCACGACCCGCGGCCAUCAUCACCUGGUGGAUGGCCGACAGCAAGCUGACAGAGGUCACCCAG